CAUGUAUUCAGCUGAGCGCACGACAUGGAGCAUAUGCGCCCUUCAAAUGUCCCUGAUGGCGCCGCGCCUUGAAAAGCAUGGACUUGUUCCGAGUCAGACUGAACUGCAUCGAUCAUUACCAGGCGACACCCAGCCGUUAUGACCCACAGCUGCGCAACGAUGUGCGGCCGUCGCAGGUUUCGAAAGCCCCGAAGGUUCCGGUUGUUCGGAUCUUUGGCUCUACCGAAACAGGUCAAAAGGUUUGCGCACACGUACAUGGGGCAUUCCCAUACCUAUACGUGGAGUACAGUGGCGGGCUAGCGUCUGAAGAAGUCGGCGCAUUCAUAUAUCGCCUUCACUUGUCCAUCGAUCAUGCCCUGGCCGUGAGCUACAGGCGUGACCAGUAUGGGAACAACGCCAAGUUUGUUGCCAGGAUCACGCUGGUAAAGGGCAUUCCUUUCUAUGGAUUCCACGUCGGCUAUCGACACUUCCUCAAAAUUUACGUGUUCAACCCUGUCGUGAUGACUCGGCUCGCCGACCUCCUACAGCAAGGCGUGAUAAUGAAACGCAAGUUCCAGCCCUACGAGGCGCAUUUGCAAUAUCUGUUGCAGUUCAUGGUCGACUACAACCUGUACGGGUGCGACUACCUUGAUUCGUCCAAGGCGAUUUUUCGAUCGCCUCUGCCACAGCAUGAUCAAGGAUCAAAUUCAUCACACCUUUGGCAUAACGCCUCAGUUCCGGCAGACUUUAUCACGGAUGAUCCGACGCUGCCCCGCGUGAGCCAUUGCUCAAUCGAAGUGGACAUCUGCGUCCAGGACAUUGUCAACAGAAAGAUGGUCAAGGAGCGCCAGGUCCAUCAUGAGUUCAUCGAACGCACAUCGCCGAUACCAAGCGAUCUAAAAUUUGUCUACAGCAUGGCUGGCUUAUGGAAAGACGAAACCAAAAGGAGACAACGACAACUGCCCAAGGCCCAGCAACACAAUAGCCCAUUCCCUCCCGAAGCCCUGGUCUCAAUGUCCGCGGAUCCCCGAGAUUCACAGCCGCAGGGGUGGAUCCAUGAGCAAGAGUAUCAGCAAGAUAUACAGAAUUUAAUCUGUAAGGAGGCCGCCGAUCUGGACGGUGCAGACGUGUCGUUUGAAACGUUUGUAAAGCCCCCAGAACCCGAGCCGGAUGUCAGUACCAUUUUGCAGUCUGUGGAGGACCUAUAUCCUUCCAAGUUGAUGCCGGCUCUUGGCUUGCCACCCAAGCUGGACAACUCAGUGCUGGAUACCGCGAGCAGCAUCGAAGUCGACGAGAAGGCGGCGCUCCAAGUCCAAGAAGAAGACGGUGUUUAUCCAGAAGAUUCCGAUGAGGAGACGUUCCAGAAAAUAAACGAAACAAAUCUACCGGGCGACCAUGAUGCUCAAGCUCACUCACGAAGUCCAGCGGAACGACGGCAAGCCGGUGACGACACGCUACCGCCGUUUGGGGAAAUACCGGGCGUGGCCUUCAGCGUACUGAAGUCGGGAGAGGGCCCGAAGAUACCCGUAACAGACGACCUCCUUGAUGCUGCCGUGGAUGAUGGUUUUCUAUGCAGGGUACCCAAGCGACAUGUCGCAUCCAAACUUGACGCCAAGCGCACCGAGACCGAAACACCCCCGGGUAGUCCCGCUUCAAAGCGACUGAAGUCGAGCACCACGGAAGUCUCUCCAGAUACAAGAUCAGGGGCUGUCAAUCCAGCCCUUGCUGCGAGGAGCAUUCCAAAAGGACCAGAAGAUCCUCACCCGAAAACAAACUCCUUUGUCAGUCGUACAAUGCUGUCGAUACCUUCUGGAAGUUCCGAAGCGGAUCGCACCACCGGAUCUUUUAGAGCUGGAGGCGACCGCGACGGUAUCGUGAAGCGGAGAAACUCACCGUCCACAAAACGACUGAGUCAUGAUACAGGGACGCAAAAGAAGGUGUCCUUUGUAGAUAGUGCCCUUGGUGCUGGAGGUAGCGGAUCGCAGGGUCAUGGCAAGGUCAACGCGGUGUCUGUUCCUACGAGUGGUUGCCCACAGCGAACCUUCGUCUUUGCUGCUCCACCACCCACAUACGCCGACAGCACGAACAUGAAGAAGCACGACUUGCCGGACGUCAUUUAUCAGGAUGCAUACUACAGCAAGGAGAAGGAUGUGCCAGAUCGAAGCCGCGAGUACGCAGGCAGGGAAUAUCGCCUAGAAAGCAACACUGUGCCAUUUCUCCCCCAAUUUGACCUGCGAGCUUUGUUCCCCACCACGCAGAACGAGAGAGCAGAUUCGCAAGGUAUGGCUGGCCUUCAGCGAGAACAAACACGACAGCCGUGGCAAUGCGGCUGGCGUAGUUGGGAAUACACACGUCCCCCACCUGCGUACAGGACAGUAUCGCAGUGGGCCGACAAAAGGGCUCACAACAUACAGAAGAACGUCAGAGAACGCCGUUCAAAGGCCAUGAUACAGCCUGCGGCGAUGUCGCAAAUCGAUGGUCCGACGCCGAAGAACAAGCACGGGUUCAAAUUCACACAGAAGGCGGCGAAAACCAGUGUUCAGCAUGAGGUUCAAUACAUGAGCACCAUGAGCCUAGAGGUGCACGUCAAUAGCCGAGGAAAGUUCAUCCCGAAUCCCGAACAAGACGAGAUUCAGUGCAUAUUCUGGGCCUGUAAGUCUGAUGAGAGGACAUACAAUACCCAGGGGUCAAUCAACGCUCUUCAGUCAGGGGUGUUGAUUCUCUCCCAUGAUGGGGCUGUUGCGCAACGGAUAGCGCAGGCGACAAACGCGUCUGUCGCAGAAGAGGACAGCGAGCUGGACCUGCUAGUACGGAUGGUUGAGAUUGUCAGGACCUUUGACCCGGACGUCCUGACAGGCUUCGAGGUGCAUGGGAGCUCGUGGGGCUAUCUUAUCGAACGCGCAAGACUUAAGUAUGACUACGACUUGUGCGACGAGUUCUCUCGUAUGAGAUCCGAUUCCCAUGGCAGAUUUGGCAAGAACAGUGACCGAUGGGGCUUCAACACAACGUCGACAAUCCGUGUUACUGGCCGACACAUGAUCAACAUUUGGAGAGCGAUGCAGGGCGAGUUGAAUCUUCUGCAGUACACCAUGGAGAAUGUGAUUUGGCAUUUGCUCCAUCGUCGCGUGCCUCACUAUUCCUGGAAGACGCUCACGAAGUGGUACAAGAGCAAUAAACCAGCGGAGCUCGAGAAGCUGCUGCGAUACUACCGAAACCGCGCGCGGCUGGACAUUGAGAUACUCGAAGCCAACGAGCUCAUUGCACGGACCAGCGAGCAGGCCAGGCUCCUUGGUGUCGACUUCUUCUCUGUUUUUUCCAGAGGGUCGCAGUUCAAAGUCGAGUCGAUAAUGUCUAGGAUUGCCAAACCAGAAAACUUCGUCUUUGUAUCGCCGAGCAAGAAGCAAGUUGGCGGCCAAAAUGCACUUGAGUGCCUACCUCUGGUCAUGGAGCCUCAGAGUGCCUUCUACAGCAGCCCGCUCUUGGUGCUCGACUUUCAGAGCCUGUAUCCCAGCGUCAUGAUCGCGUACAACUACUGUUACUCUACGUUUCUCGGACGGAUCAAGAACUGGCGAGGGACGAGCAAGAUGGGCUUUACGGAGUACGAACGCCAGAAGGGUCUGCUCGUACUCCUGAAGGACUAUAUUAAUAUUGCACCAAACGGGAUGAUGUAUGUAAAGGCAGAGAUUCGCAAGUCCCUGCUCGCCAAGAUGUUGACAGAGAUCCUGGAGACCAGAGUCAUGGUCAAAAGCGGCAUGAAGAAGGACAAGGACGACAAGACAUUGCAGCAGCUGCUGAACAAUCGUCAGCUGGCGCUGAAGCUUCUGGCCAAUGUCACCUAUGGCUACACGUCUGCAUCGUUUUCCGGGCGAAUGCCUUGCUCGGAAAUCGCCGACAGCAUCGUCCAGACUGGGAGAGAAACGCUUGAGCGAGCGAUCGCACAGAUCCAUUCUGUCGAGCGGUGGGGCGCAGAGGUCGUUUAUGGCGAUACGGACAGCCUUUUCGUGUACUUGAAGGGGAGGACGAGGGAGCAGGCUUUUGACAUCGGCAACGAGAUCGCAAAGGCGGUCACGGAGAUGAACCCACGACCGAUCAAACUCAAGUUCGAAAAGGUUUAUCACCCUUGCGUGCUUCUAGCGAAGAAACGCUACGUGGGCUACAAGUACGAGAGCAAGGGGCAAGCCAAGCCGGACUUUGACGCAAAGGGCAUCGAGACUGUGCGUCGAGACGGGACGCCCGCGGAGCAAAAGAUUGAGGAAAAGGCGCUCCGGAUGCUCUUCGAGACGGCCGACCUCAGUCAGAUCAAGGCAUACUUCCAGUCGCAGUGCGACAAAAUCAUGCGCGGGGCCGUCUCCGUGCAGGACUUUUGCUUCGCCAAGGAGGUGCGCCUGGGGACGUACUCGGACAAGGGCCCGCCGCCGGCAGGCGCGUUGAUCAGCACCAAGAAGAUGCUCGAGGACGCCCGCGCGGAGCCGCAGUAUGGGGAGCGCGUGCCGUACGUGGUCAUCACGGGCGCGCCGGGGUCGCGGCUCAUCGACCGGUGCGUCGCCCCGGAGGAGCUCCUCGUCAACCCCCACUGGCAGCUCGACGCCGAGUACUACAUCUCCAAGAACCUGAUACCGCCUCUGGAGCGCAUCUUCAACCUGGUGGGCGCCAACGUGCGACAGUGGUACGACGAGAUGCCCAAGGUCCAGCGCGUCGUCCACCACGCAGCAGCAACAACAACAACAACAACAACAGCAGCAGCAGCAGCAGCAGCAACAACGUCAGCGUCUUCGGCGUUGGCGGCGGCACAGGCGGCACAGGCGGCACAGGCGAACAACAGCAAAAGGUCAACAACGCUCGAGUCGUACAUGCGCUCGACCCACUGCCUCGUCUGCAGCGCAAAGUUCGCAGAAGAAGGCCACGCCCUGUGCCCGACCUGCCGCGGCGACGACGCCCCCGCCUCGCUGCUCGCCCUGCAGACGCGCCUCGCCGCCGACGAGCGCGGCUUCCUCGAGCUGCUCGACGUGUGCCGCACCUGCUCGGGCAUGAGCCCGCUCGACGAGGUGCGCUGCGACAGCAAGGACUGCCCCGUCUUCUGGACGCGCAUGAAGCAGCGCACCAAGAUGGUGACCACCAGGGCGGCGGCGGGGCCGGUCAUUCGUGAGCUCGUCGAGCAGUCUAGCAGAGAGCAGUUAGAAUGGUGACGAUGAUGAUGAUAAUGAUGAGGAGGAGGAGGAGGAGGAGAAUGAUGAUAAGCGGUGUGCAUGAUGUGGGUGUUGGAAAACCGUGCUGGGUGGCUGGUGUGCAAGUUUCGAUAUACCCUUGUAGCAGCAAUCCUUGGCACAUUGAUGAUGCACAAUGGAAACAAG